UCUGCCUCCGUCGAUCAGCGUGUGUUUCUCGGUCAAACGACCUGUCCCGUCUUUUCUCGUCCCCUCGUCCGUCAACAUGUCCCGCUGCCUCGCGCUGGCUCGGUUCGCUCUCGGUUCCUCUCAGAGGGCCAACUCACGGCUAACGUUAUGUGCACGAGGGCUGAACACCCGAACUAUCUCACGGCCCCUGACUGGAGGCUUGCAGGUCAGACAGCAGCAGAUGUGGAGCAGUCGGCCCAAAGUCUGGAGCUCCCAACGGUCCUGUCUCGGCUUCAGCCAGCAGUCGUUUUACAGCACCCAGGAAGCUGAGAAAGAGCCUGAGGAGGAGCCUCUUCACACCAUCAUCAGUGAUACAGAGUCUGUGCAAGGUAGCUUCUCUAAACAUGAAUUUCAGGCUGAGACGAAAAAACUGCUGGACAUCGUUGCAAGAUCUUUGUACUCUGAAAAAGAAGUGUUUAUUCGGGAGCUGAUCUCCAAUGGCAGUGAUGCUCUUGAAAAACUGCGCCACAAACUCAUGACAGCAGGUGGAGCAACAGCCCCAAUGGAGAUUCAUCUGCAAACAGAUGGUGCAAAGGGCACUUUCACCAUUCAGGACACUGGAGUGGGGAUGAACCAAGAGGAAUUGGUGGCUAAUCUGGGAACUAUUGCUCGCUCUGGGUCCAAGGCGUUUUUGGAUGCCCUGCAGAACCAGGCGGAGGCUAGUAGCACAAUCAUCGGCCAGUUCGGAGUGGGAUUCUACUCUGCCUUCAUGGUGGCUGACCGUGUUGAGGUCUACUCCCGGUCAGCUGAGCCAGACGCACCGGGGUACAAGUGGUCCUCAGACGGCUCUGGAGUUUUUGAGAUUGCUGAAGCCAGUGGUGUUCAACAGGGAACAAAGAUUGUGCUACACCUUAAAGAAGACUGCAAGGAGUUUUCCUCUGAGGACAGAGUUAAAGAGGUUAUCACAAAAUACAGCAACUUUGUCAGCUUCCCCAUCUUCCUCAAUGGACGGCGGAUCAACAUUCUGCAGGCCUUGUGGAUGAUGGAGCCGAAGGAGAUCAGUGACUGGCAGCACGAGGAAUUCUAUCGCUACGUCGCCCAGGCCUAUGAUAAACCCCGCUACACCCUUCACUACCGUGCAGACGCCCCACUUAACAUCAGAAGCAUCUUCUACGUCCCUGAUGCGAAGCCAAGCAUGUUCGAUGUGAGCAGGGAGAUGGGAUCCAGUGUGGCUCUGUUCAGCAGGAAGGUCCUGAUUCAGACAAAAGCCACUGACAUCCUGCCAAAGUGGCUUCGCUUCCUUCGAGGUGUGGUGGACAGUGAGGACAUCCCUCUGAAUCUGAGCAGAGAGCUGCUGCAGGAGAGCGCCCUCAUAAGGAAGCUGCGUGAUGUCUUACAGCAGAGGGUGAUCCGCUUCCUGUUGGACCAGAGCAAGAAGGAUCCAGAGAAGUACAACACGUUCUUUGAGGAUUACGGGCUCUUCAUGAGGGAGGGCAUCGUCACCACCCAGGAACAAGACAUCAAGGAGGACAUCGCAAAGCUGCUGAGGUUCGAGUCUUCUGCUCUGCCAGCAGGGCAGCAGACAAAUCUGAUGGAGUACUCCUCACGCAUGAAGGCUGGCACACGGAACAUCUACUACCUGUGUGCCCCAAACCGUCAUCUUGCAGAGCACUCACCCUACUAUGAGGCCAUGAAGCAGAAAGACAUGGAGGUGCUGUUUUGUUACGAGCAGUUUGAUGAGCUGACCCUGCUCCACCUGCGGGAGUUUGACAAGAAGAAGAUGAUCUCAGUGGAGACGGACAUCGUUGUUGAUCACUACAAGGAAGAGAAGUUUGAGGACAGCAAGCCAGCCUCCGAACGUCUGACGCAGGAGCAGGCUGAUGACCUCAUUUCCUGGAUGAAGAACGCUUUGGGCCCCAGAGUUGCCAACAUAAAGCUGACUCCUCGGCUGGACACCCACCCAGCUAUGAUCACAGUGCUGGAGAUGGGUGCAGCACGCCACUUCCUCCGCACCCAGCAGCUGGCUCGCACCCCUGAGGAGAGAGCUCAGAUUCUGCAGCCCACUCUGGAAAUCAAUGCAGGACAUGAUCUGAUCAAGAAGCUGCACGCGCUGAAGGACUCCAGCUCUGAACUUGCAGGACUACUGCUAGAACAGAUCUAUGACAACGCCAUGAUCACAGCUGGCCUGAAUGAUGACCCCCGGCCGAUGAUUUCCCGUCUUAAUGAUCUACUAGCCAAAGCCCUGGAGAAGCACUGAGAGUUUAAACAUGAACAGACAGACUAUGUUUGGUAGACUGAAGCAUCUGCAACAGCUGCAGAGCAAAGCUGAAAGAACUGUUGUUUCUGAUGGGAAAGAUGGGCUUUUCUUCUUCUGCAACCAUUAAAAAAAACAUCUCUACCCCUUUGGAAACUUUCAUCACACCAUGUGGAGAGGACAUAAAGGCUUAAGAAACUCAGAAGUAGUGAAGAUGGACUGCUGAAAGCCUCUCUGUAGAUCACAUACAUGUCUUUAUCCCUGCUUUAAAACUGUAUUAAUACUGUGAGGAUGAGUGCCAUACAGAGGGAGGUCAUGUUACAGUGAGGUCUUUUCUGAACUGUCACGCUGUUAUCACAAAGUACAUAGAAGGAAAGCACUGAAGGUGCAUUAUAAUAUUUGUCGAGCUAAAUGUGUAAAACAGUCAUUUCCCUAAAAACUGUUUAAAAACUGACUUACCAAGUUUUUCUUGAAAGUUUGAAGCAAUUAAACUGCUCUAAAGAGCUGUUAA